UUUUUUCGAGACAUCUAGUUGUGGAUUUUGCACUGUACCUACUUCACUUUUGAAUUUUGAUUUCCGAAUUACAGAUACAGCAGUGAUCUUGGAGUCUAGACACUACUGUCAACGAGAGGCGAAAUCAUCUUGAAAAUAUUCGAGAAAGCAUUCGAGUUGCGCACAGCGAUCCAUACUUAGCUAAAUACUUACUACGAUUCGAAGUGCUGUAGUUUGGUCCUGUAUGGAUUUUGGAGAUGUGAUGAUGUUAUCAUUGUUAUUGUUAUUAUAAUUUCUGCUGUGCCUGCUAUCGUCGAUGCCGUUGGCUGCGUGGGAGCAUGUACUUCUAAGCAGGAGCACAUAUUCCCCUGAAACGAAUAUAACAAUGGCUGCCAGAAACAAUGAGGAACGAGAGUACUCUCCGGAAAUUAUCACCCCGAGCCAGUACCUUGUCGAAAACCUUCAGGAUGUUGCGAUCGAUGGGGAGCAGGAAGAUGAUAACGAUAUCAUGGUUGUCGAUGAAGCAGACGAAAAGCAGGGGGAAGAGUUUUUUGUGCCAGACGCGAAGGAUGAUUUGAUCAGCAAGGAGGACUCACCGUUUUUCAUCGUUUCGCCUUAUUCGCUGGAUGAGAUUGCUGUAGUAUUCGGAGAUGACGGAGGUCUGGAAAACAAAAUUCGGGAGCAAGGCUUGAAGGUGUUUACGGACGAGUUUGCGUCUGUGGCCUCCACUUUAUGGCACUUCAAAUUUAUGACGACGGAAUUUUUCCAAGGGAUGCUUAAUGGCUUUGUGGCAGCCGUUAACUUAGUAAUUGACCGUUGCCAUCGAAUGCAAGAUGCUACUCCACAAGCCAAACUGACAUUUCGCUCAAAUUUCAAGAUUUCGUUUUAUCAUAUGUGUCAGUUUUUGGAGCAGCUUGGAAAGCAGAUUCAUCAGAGCAACGCCAGUGCCAUGGCUAAAAAGGGUGGACAAAAAUUUCGAAUUGAGAACUGGAUGCAAAAACUUCGCUUUCGUGCACUGACAUCGCUGGCAAACUAUACCGAUCCAUCACGCAAUUGGAAAGGCAUCUGGGAGAAGAAGAAAAUUGAUACAGAGAUCAGCAGAUUAUUGCUGACGACUUUAUUACGGUUUUGUGAAGAUGUGAAUAUUGCCUCUUCGAAAAGCGAUGUGCAGGCGGAAAGCGAACUGGCUACGAAAGCCUUGGCCAAUGCUAUAUCGUCGUUUCACUUGACCGAUGAUUUUCUGACUGGCUUGCUAAAACUUUUUCACCGACAUGAUGCGAGUGGUUGGAUCGCCGCUGACGUGAUUGGUCGGGUUUGUCAGCUGCAUUCCAUUACAGAGCUGGCAGAGAAGAGUUGUAUUACCAAGCGGAAGUAUCGUAUUAUUUUUGAGAAGGUUCUAUCCCGAAGUGGAUUUGGGGAAAAAACCCAAACGGUACGAAAAGCAGCGUUACAAUGUCUGACAGCGCUGACUGAAAUUGCUCCGGAAGUGUUAGAGAACUCUCUGGAAAAAAUGAUGCAUAAAUUAGUUCGCGAUGGCGACUUGUUGGCUCAAAAAUUACCAGAUGAAAUUGGUCAAGAUUUUACCAAGAACUGGAUCGUUCAUAGUAAUUGGUUGCGAAUUCAAAAGAGUGUUGUUAAAACCAUGAGAGCGUACCUUGCAAGUCGUACUACUCCGGCACAUGUGGAAGAAGCAUUGGAUGGAAAACGUUUUGAAAGCGUCAUGGACUACAUUUCCGCCGCUAUUGAGAAAAUGGAUGGAGAGACUGCUGUUUAUGGACUUCUGUAUGCUGCAGAGAAGUUUCCCGAAAAGAAGCUCAUCAUGGAUUACCAUGUCCAGAGUUUUUUAUCCGAGUUUGAUAACGACGCGCCUCCGUACCGCAUGCUGUCUCUUCUUGAUUGUUUACGGGAUGUUCUAAAUUGGAAAGAUCAGAAGGAAAGAAAAGGCGUCAAACGAAUCGAUGCUUUAUUAAAAGUUCUGCCUCGGGAUAUGGAUGACGAGACACGAACAAUGGUGUCGGAAUUCAGGCUUUUGCAGGACGAUAUAGCGGUACGAGCGGCCUUAACUCGGGCGAUACCAACGUGGGAGAAAGUGUUGCAGAUGUCUAACAAAUCCGAUAUCGUCGAAAUCUCUACAUUUCUAAUCAAGAUUGAACGAAAGGGAUUUAAGGAAGCCGUUUAUAUUCUUCGGGGAUUAACAAAUUUCUUCGCAUCUGAAUCCAAAGAAAUUCGGGAAGCAGUUAUGGGAGCCUACCGGGAAUUCUUUAUCGGGGAGAACGCCGAUGCUUUAUUGGCCAACGUGGAUCCGCUGGUCAAUAAACUAAUGCGUGAAUUGCCAUGUAAUUCCGCGUUGAGUUUUCACGCGGUCAGAUUGUUGUUCAAAAAUGAAGACGAACGCAUUGUAAAGAAAGCAGCAAGGAAGCUGAUGUCUGCAGCUGUUACUUCGGAUGGAAACGACGAUGUGUGGCGGGCGUGUUUGGCCCUGUCCAUUCUACCAGGAGCAGCCGAUAAAGUGAUAAUGGAGCAGUUGGAAAAUCUCUAUCCCCGUUGCCUGCAGAAAGACGGCUAUGAUCCACGUUUGGUCUGCACGUUUUGUGAUGUACUGGUCAAAGCCGGAAAAUCACCUCUAGCGAAAGAGGAUAUAACAGAAAAAGAAACUCGUAAAAUGUCGCUGGAUGUCUUGCAUCCGAUUUUCCUGGCAUUACUUGACAUUUGCCUUAUGUCGUUUGCGGAUAGCAAGGGAUUUGCGCAGACCCAGAUGUAUGGUAAAAUCGCCGAAGCGCUUUUUGCCAUCUCCGAAGAUCCGAAGUCUACAAUGAAGCACUUGAUGUACUUCACAAUUAUGCGUUUGAAGAUGAACCUCAGUAAACUGAAGGCCAAACACAACGCUGCAGCAAUACCUGCGCAAACUGGCGAGCCCGAAAGUAGCAUGGAAGGAAGUGCAGCAGAGACUGAUCAUGGCCUUCUGGAGCUUCAGUAUAUUUUAUACUUUGGAGCUACUGUUGUGUUUGUCUUUGGUAACUGGAUCGAAGACAUAUUUUCGGUUAGUCAAGAUAGUAAAGGGAAGCCUCAGGAAAAUGCUGGCCAAGGCGAGACAAAUGAAAAUGAAGUGGAUGGUCCAAGCGAAGAUGACCGUAGCAAAGCAGUGGUGCUGCAGAUUCGAAAAGCAUUGUUUGAGUGCUCGGAAGAUGGUCAUGGGUCAGCUGUGUAUCGUAUAUCCAGAAUAAUAGUACAACUGGCGCAUACGGAGGCUGUUAUAACGGGAAACAUUGGAGGCGUCGUUACUUUUAUGGCUUUGAUCCGACUUAUGCUAGUCAGCGAACACUUCUGUAAAGCCCACAUGCGAUAUCUUUUGAAAGUUUUGGAAUCAACGAAAUCGCUGGAGUUGAAAAAAGUUUUGUUAAUUGGAUUUUCCGACAUCGCUGUGAGAUUUGUGAACCUGAUUCAACCAUACACCGAUAGCUUUACGAACCAAUUGCGAGAUCCUAAUCCCAGCAUCCGAUAUCAUGCUCUGAUGGCGGUGGUUCGCCUGAUUGUUAACGAUUUGGUUAAAAUUCGGGGGCAGCAAUGUGACAUCGCUAUGCUUAUUUGUGAUUCCGAUGAAAAAGUUUCCAAAGUGUCUCGUGGAUUUUUCUCUGAGAAAGUCCCAAAGCAAAAUGUGAUGGGCAUGAUCCCCGAGCUUAUAAAUCGUGCGGAUCUGUAUACUAAGUUGGACCAAAGCCACGUCGAAGAGCUGCUCAAGUAUCUCAUUGGUUUGGCCGGCAAAACUCCAACUGACAUGGAAACAUUGGCGGACGCUUUUCUCGAAAUUUUGACGGCUUCGCGACCGGCUCGGACGUGGCAGAUCGCAGCGUAUGGCCUCACCGUAGUCGGGCCACAGGUUGCUGAGAAAUUUGCCGCUACUUUUCGCGACCAGAUCUCAAGCUUGAAAAAAGCUCUGAAGGACGAAAUUGUGUUUACGUUCGUGAACGAUAUGAUGCAGUCGCUGCGGAAGAAGCUUCCAGACGAUAAAAAGCGGUUGGCAGACGAUCUGUUGAAAAUGAUUCAAGCCAUCAAAGGCGACCCGUCCCGAAGACAAAACCGAAGCCCUCAACCGAGUACGUCACGACAAGAGGACUCCGUGGAGGAAGAUGAUUCGGAAGGAUCGGACUCCAACUCGGAAAACGAUGACCAUCGUCCAGUUGCAAAGCAUGCCAAGCGUGGCAGGAAGCAGCGCGGAACGAGUGUUUUUCAGCCUAAGCGAAGUCCCGCUAAGCGAUUGGGUACUGCUCAACGGGGAAAUACGUCCCCACAGAAGAGACGAUUCAGGAGAUAAAGUGGACCGGUUCUCAGAGCGGCUUCGUCUUUUCCUUUGUUGGUUAUUGAUUUUGUUCUGAGAAAUUAAAACGCUAAAAAAUGCAGUUUAUGUAUGGCCUUCUUUAUUGUUGGGUUAUUUUGUUGUCCUCUAUUCGGUGGGGUGUUUGGUAAACACUCUCUUAUCAUGUUGCUCAAAAUGUCCUGGAUUUCUUUUGUUUCUUUGUAUAGUUUUUUUAUUGGUUUGUGCAUUCGGAAUCUCCAAGAUUGUCUUGGAUCUGUAAAUUAGCGAGGUUGGUGAAAGAAUUCUUUCAGUUCAGUUGUAUUCGGGAAGGGCAGAUUGCGACUGUAUUUUAACGUAUGUACUGUAGUAUGU